AUGCCUGUCCACUCGCCAAUUGCUUCACACUUCAGGAGCAGACUGACCACCCAGGUCCGAAGAGUGCUGCCUGCAUACCUUGCUCUUCUCUUCAUAGUCCUAUUCUUCGCCAAUGCACAUUUCUUUACUGCUCCCAUCCGAGCGGCACACAAGUACAGAAGGGAGCUCAAGUACCAACAGCCCCUGCAAGUAUCGACGACCACUAUCCCGAAGAAGAUCUGGCAGACCUGGAAACAAGGACCGCUCACCUUCGAACAGCGAGAUUCGGAUACAGCGAAAACGUGGCCGGCAAAGAACCCCAACUACCGAUACGAGGUUCUGACAGAUGACAAUGCUCUCGAGUACGUUGAAGAGCAUUAUGGCGUCAACGGGUUCAACCGACCAGACAUCAUCGAUCUUUACCGAGAGCUUAACAUUACGAUCAUACGAGCAGACCUUCUCCGUUACUUGAUCAUGUAUGCCGAAGGCGGGGUGUAUGCAGAUAUCGACGUCGAAUGCCUGCGCCCAGUCCAACGGUUCAUUCCAGAGCGCUACACCGAGCUCGAGGUUGAUAUGAUUAUCGGGGUGGAGAUUGAUGAGCCUGCUUUUGCAGAUCAUCCUGUUCUAGGUUCCAAGUGCAAAUCGUUCUGCCAAUGGACCUUUGCGGCCAAGCCUCGCCUUCCUGUCAUGAUGAGGCUGAUCGAGAACAUCCAAGAAUGGAUACACGAUCUGUCCAAGAAGAAAGGAGUUUCCGUCGGUCAGCUUGAGCUCGACUUCAACGAAGUAAUCAGCGGAACAGGGCCGUCGGCUUUCACAGAUGCAGUCCUUGCCCAGAUGACUGCAAUGAACGGCGGCAAAGAAGUGACCUGGGAUCCUUUCCACAACUUGGCGGAGUCAAGGCUUGAGCAUGGUAUACUGGUCUUGAACGUGGAAGCUUUCGCGGCAGGCCAGGGGCAUUCCGACUCAGGGAAUCACGACUCCAGAGGGGCGCUGGUAAAACACCACUACCAUGCAUCGGGCUGGCCAUCACUCCACCCGCGCCGCAAUCAUCCCAUGUACGGUGAGGUAGAAAAGUGCAACUGGAAGCCAGAAUGUGUUGCCGAAUGGGAUAAAAAUGUGGCGGACUGGGACAAACUCUCUAAAGAGGAACAGGACAAACUUCUUGCGAGCAAGCCGCCACAGAAGUGA